CUGGGCACCCUGGGGUAAUAAGACAUUUCCAUGCUCUGCAGACUAUUUUAUAUUAGACUGAAUGUUUUAAAAUUGUGUAUAGUGGAUUUAUUUGUUCACCUAUAUCUCACAGAACAAUUAGUUCUUAUAGUGUCAUAAUUCAAUUUGAUAAAUGUCUUGUACACCUGAAGAUUUAAUCCAAAUAAUUAGGACAAAAAUGAAGACAAGUUUUUUUCCCACCUGUGACUGAGGUCAAAGGAGACAUGAAGUGUGAGCAGCUGCUGCUUGUGUGCUGCUGCUGCUGCUGUUCCAGCAUCCUACGAGUGACCAACAGCAUCAACGUUAAAAUUGAGAGUUAUUCCUGUGUGACUGACUACUGGUCUACCAUAAGCUGCAUCUUGAAAAUCACCAGGAAUCCCGUGGAACAGACAAAAAAAAGAUACUGGAUCAAGUUUAAAGCUGUAGAUAGCUGGAAACCUGGACAAAAUUACUCCUGCCCACUCGAUGAGAUAAAUCAGACUUACAACUGCUCUGUUAAAGCCAACAGCGACUCAGUGGCUUUUUUAGAUGAGGAUGUCUAUUCUGUACAGCUUUGUCUUGAAUCUGACUGCAUAAGUGUAACAGAGAACUUUAUGCCAUCACUGAGCAUUCAGCCAACAACUCCGUAUGACGUUGUGGUUCAGAGGACACAAAAGAAUCUCAAAUUUACAUGGGAAACUGGAUACGAAAACCAUGUCUACCUUCAUGAUGAACUUGACUAUCAACUGUCAGUCCAAACUUCUCAAACAAACAAAACUUUUGACCAAGUGACAUCACCGUUCAUUCUAACGCCGAACCAGCUCUUGGAACUCAAACUAAGUGGUACAUGUUGUGUUAAAGUGAGAUCUUUUCCAAGCCUCACCUCAGAUUAUGAAGGAACUUGGAGUAAAUGGAGCUUUCCAACAUGCUGGAAAACUGAAGCCACUGAGGAACGAAAACCUAUCCUAGUCAUUUUGAUCAAAUCUCUGAGCCCGUUGUGCGUGGUUGUGGGAGCUGUGCUCUUUGUAUUCUACAGUCCUACUGCAAGACUGAAGAUAAAAUCUUUGUCCCACACACCGUCUCCAGCCCCGUUCUUUGGAUCUCUAUUUAAACAAUAUGAUGGCAAUCUUCAGGAAUGGCUCUCACCUCGACAUAGUGUUGUAAUGAAAAACAACGCUGAGGAGAUUUUGUCAGCCGCCUCUAUGAUUGUUGAAUCAAAAACCAUCAGGAAGGAACUAGAGGAGAAUGAGGAUCUGCAGAAACUCUCAGUGACACAGCUACUUUUCUCUCAGUGUCAAACUUCUAUUUGUUCACACGGACUCUCUCCCGGGGAUACGCCUUACACUCAGCUCCCUUGCUCAACUUGGGGGUUUGGUGUUGAAGAAGUAGCAGAUACAUCUGCAUCAUCUACACAUUUCCAAGACAACAGCUUUGACGAGAUGAGAGCAAGCCUCGGCAAAACUUCAAACAGUCCUCUUAACCUAAGCUGAUAUAAAGUUACCUUCCAUACCUGUGCAUUGCUAUGACAACUAUGGCACCCUCAGCAAAUCUGCAGAAGAUGUUGUUCCUGUUUUGCUAUCCAAAGCUUAAAUAGUCCAUCUAAAUGUUAGAAAUGCUGACUGUAUCUUAUUAUUGCAAUUUUUGUAAACUGGUUAACAUAUAGUAGUCAUACUUGCCAUUUUUACUGCAAUGUCUUGCUCUUGAUGUGUACGAAUUUCACACCCAUCUGUAUGUCUUGUAUGUAGAUCAAGUUUGCUUUUUU